AUGGCCAUGCGUGGGGACAUGGACAUGAAUGAGGACAUACCCAUGGAUGGGGACAUGGACAUGGAUGGGCACAUGGCCAUGGAGGGGACAUGGUGGGACGUGGACAUGGCCAUGGAUGGGGAUGUGGCCAUGGAUGAGGACAUGGCCAUGGGUGGGGACAUGAGGAGCGGGGGGUCCCCGGGGAGCCGGCGCUGGGCGCGGCUGCAGGGCUGGAAGCGCUCCUACAGCCACCCCGACACCGGCGACAGAGGUGGCGACAGAGGUGGCGACAGAACCGGCGACAGAGCCGGCGACAGAGGUGGCGACAGAAGUGUCGCCAAGGCCAGCGCGCGGCGCUCGCUGUUCCGGAGGGCGUUCUCCGCGCCCCCCAAGGCACCCAAGGCCCCGGCCGCCCCCGAGCCCCCCGCCCUGCUCAAGUCCUACCGGUGGCGCACGGCGACCCCCGGGGGGGACCCCGAGAGGAGCGGGGGGUCCCCGGGGAGCCGGCGCUGGGCGCGGCUGCAGGGCUGGAAGCGCUCCUACAGCCACCCCGACACCGGCGACAGAGGUGGCGACAGAGGUGGCGACAGAGCCGGCGACAGAGCCGGCGACAGAGGUGGCGACAGAAGUGUCGCCAAGGCCAGCGCGCGGCGCUCGCUGUUCCGGAGGGCGUUCUCCGCACCCCCCAAGGCACCCAAGGUGCCACCCCCGGGGACGUCCCCGCCGCCGGUGGCCGCGGUGCCACCCGAUGCCACCGUGUGGGACGUGUCCCAGUUCUCGCUGCUGGACGGGCGCCUGGUGGCACUGGGCAGGGACCGGGAGGGCCCCUGGCAGAGCAGGACCCGCGCUGGCAGUGCCACCUCCGAGGCCACCAACCUGUCCCCAGCGGGCAGGAGGGACCCGGAGCCGGAUUUGAGGAGCCCCCGGAAUGAGCCCCCCCCGAGCCAGGGCAGCAACGUCAAGGGGCUGCUGUGGAAGAGGCUCCUCCGGGACAGGAAGAGCCGCGGUGGCACCAAGAGUGACCAGGGGGUGGUGGCACUGCCCGAGGGGGACAGGGUCCCCAGCCGCAGCGGCUCCCGCGAGUCCCUGGUGCCACCCCCCGAGCUGGACCUCACCGGGGACAACGUCACCGUGCGGCCGGUGCACGGCAGCGUGGUGGGAGAGAGGUUCUGCUUCCAGGUGAUCACCCCCGAGGGCAGCCGCUCCUUCGGCUGCGCCUCCCUGGCCGAGCGCGACCGCUGGAUCGAGGAGCUGCGCCGGGCAGCGCAGCCCAACAAGUCGUUCCUGAUCGACCUGGGCGUGGCCGAGCUCGACCGCUUCGACGAGCACGAGGCGCUGAUCUUCCGCGAGAACACCUUGGCCACCAAGGCCAUCGACGAGUACAUGAAGCUGGUGGGGGCCAAGUACCUGCAGGACACGCUGGGGGAGCUGGUGGCCCAGCUCUGCAGCUCCGAGCGGAGCUCCGAGGUGGAUCCCAGCAGGUGCUCGGGGCUGGAGCUGCCCGAGCACCAGCAGCACCUGCGGCACGUCUGCGAGGAGACGCUGCGGCGCAUCACCGACGGCUCCGAGUCGUUCCCGGCGGAGCUGGGCGAGGUGUUCGCGGCGUGGCGCCAGGCGUGCGCGGCGCGCGGCAAGGCGGCCAUCGGCCAGCGCCUGGUGUCGGCCUCGCUCUUCCUGCGGUUCCUCUGCCCCGCCAUCAUGUCCCCGAGCCUCUUCGGCCUCGUCCAGGAGUACCCCGGCGAGGCCACCGCCCGCACCCUCACGCUGGUGGCCAAGGUCAUCCAGAACCUGGCCAACUUCACCACGUUUGGCGAGAAGGAGCCCUACAUGACCUUCAUGAACGCCUUCCUGGAGCAGAACUGGGCCACCAUGACCGAGUUCCUGCAGGCCGUGGCCACCCCCGAGGCCAGCGCCCACAUGGCCACCUACGAGUGGCCAUCAGGGUUUGGCGAGAAGGAGCCCUACAUGACCUUCAUGAACGCCUUCCUGGAGCAGAACUGGGCCACCAUGACCGAGUUCCUGCAGGCCGUGGCCACCCCCGAGGCCAGCGCCCACAUGGCCACCUACGAGGGCUACGUGGACCUGGCCCUGGAGCUGGCCACGCUCCACCUGCUGCUCUGUGACAUCUUCUCCAGCCUCGACCAGGCCACGCAGGAGGAGCUGGAGCCGCUGCCCACCAUCCUCAGGGCCAUCAGGGAGGGGACGCCCGUCCCCGUGUCCGUCCGCCUCAGCUCCAGCGCCAGGAGGAGCCCCUCGGAGCCCCCCAGGCCGGGCUUUGUCCCCCCGCGGGACCCGGGCAAGCUCAGCCCCCUCAUCAAGAGCCAGUCCCUGACCAGCGUCUGGCGCCUCCGCGGUGGCCGCGACGAGGGGACAGCGACAGCGACAGCGACAGACCCGGAGCCGUCCCCGGAGCCCUCCCCGGCGCCCUCCCCGGUGCCGGUCCCGGUGCCAGCCCGGCGCCGCCGCGGUGUCCAGCGCGCCCAGAGCGUGCCAGCCCAGGGCAAGGCCGGGCCGGACAGCGCCGGGCACGCGGCCGAGGCGACACCGCCCGAGGGUGGCACCGCGUCACCUGUGCCCGCCGAUGGCCCGCCCCGGGGGAAGCUGCGCUCGUCGGCGUCGCUGCCGCGCAAAUCCACGGUGCCGUGGCAGCGCCUGGCCGAGGACGCGGCGGCGCCGGGCGAGCUCUACGCGCUGCGGCCGCUCGAAAAGCACGGGCGGCUGCUGGAGGCGCUGCGGGAGGAGCUGGCGGAGCUGCGGGAGCGCCUGGAGCGGGCGGAGGCGCGGGCGGCGCGGGCCGAGGAGCGGCAGCGGCAGCGCCUGGAGCGGCUGCGGGCGCAGCUGGACGAGGGCUCGGCCCGCGCCGCCAACCUGGCCGCAAGGCUGACGGCGGCCGAGGGCAGCCGCAGGAACGACCUGGAGAGGCUGAAAAGCACCGAGGAGAGAGAGAGGGAACUGGAGCGGCGCCUCUCGGGGCUGGAGCAGGAGCUGCGCAGGACCCGCGGCCACCCCCGCGGUGUCCCCAAGGUGUCCCCAGGGGGCAGCGACGACGGCCAGGCCACCAGCGUGUGACACCCGUGUCCCCAAGGUGUCCCCGAGGGGUGGCAACGACAGCCAGGCCACCAGCGUGUGACACCGGGGUCCCCAAGGUGUCACCAAGGUGUCCCCAAGGUGUCCCCAAGGUGUCCCCAAGGUGUCACCGAGGUGUCCCCGAGGUGUCCCUGAGGUGUCACCGCUGCCACCCCCCGGUGUCACAGCAAUAAACGAUGGCGUUGUCACCAGGCUGUCCCCAGCUGCUUGGGGACACUUGGGGACAGCCCCC